AUGACUAAGUAUCCCGCUGCUUCGUCGACUGGCGAAGGCUUUUUGGUCGGUCUGGGAAGCGGUGGGAACAGUGGCGAGGAAUUUAUGGUCGGACGUGACACCGGGUCGAUUUUCCUCGCCAAGCAACUCGACUGGGAGACCCAGCGUGAAUACAAUCUCUCCAUCCGUGUUUCCGACGGCUUAUUCGACAGCGUCGCUCAGAUAUUGGUGAUCGUCACCGACACGAACGACAACCGACCUGAAUUCACGGAACGCGUCUUCGAAGCUGAGAUUUCCGAGUCGACACCCAUCGGUUCGAGUGUGAUCCAAGUUUCGGCCUUUGAUAGAGACGAGGAUCAAAGGGUCUUUUAUUCCAUUCACUCGGUUCAGCACAGAUCAUCGGCCGACUUGUUCAAAAUUGAUUCAACGAGAGGCCUCAUUGCGACGAGCGGUGUGCUCGACAGGGAAGCGAUUCAGAAGCAUCUCCUGACCGUCAUGGUGAAAGACCACGGGAAUCCGUCUCUGCGAAAUUUCGCUCGAGUGCGGAUCACUGUCAAGGACGCCAACGACCACGGGCCCGAGUUUUUGGAGUCGUUGAUCAAAGGCACGGUUUUCGAGUCGGCUGACGUCGGGACCUCCGUCCUUCAAGUCAUGGCUUUCGACAAAGAUCACGGAGAAAAUGCUCGACUCACCUACUCAAUUGUGGCCGGAAAUGUUGGUAAUGCGUUUAGAGUCGACUCCACUCUGGGGAUCAUCUCGACGGCGAAGGAUCUCGACCGGUCGCGGAUGCCCGAGUAUAUGCUCGUGGUGCAGGCGACAGACUCGGGCACUCCGCCGCUUUCUGCCCGAUUGCACGUUCAGAUCCUUGUCACUGUUGCCGAUUCUGCGCCGCCAAAGUUCAAGCACGGAGAAUAUUCUGCCGAAAUAGAGGAAAACCAGCAGCCCGGAACUUUCGUGACCAGCGUAACGGCGAGGAGUAAAUCUUCUCUCUACUACGAGAUUGUGUCCGGGAAUGAAAGGAAGAUUUUCGCUAUUAACCCCAGCUCUGGGGUGGUUUUCAUUGUCGGCCGACUAGACUACGAGGAAGGCAAUUUCUUCAACCUCACGAUCCAAGCUUGGAAUACGAAAGCUGGAAAGCCUGGGCAAACAGCUGCGCUCUUGCUUAAUGGAGGGAUUUGUUUUACGGGCUUGUUCAAGCACGGAGAAUAUUCUGCCGAAAUAGAGGAAAACCAGCAGCCCGGAACUUUCGUGACCAGCGUAACGGCGAGGAGUAAAUCUUCUCUCUACUACGAGAUUGUGUCCGGGAAUGAAAGGAAGAUUUUCGCUAUUAACCCCAGCUCUGGGGUGGUUUUCAUUGUCGGCCGACUAGACUACGAGGAAGGCAAUUUCUUCAACCUCACGAUCCAAGCUUGGAAUACGAUGCGGGCUUCUUCGUCGACGUUGCUGUUGGUGAGCGUGUUGGACCAGAACGAUAACUUCCCGCAAUUCGUUCGAUCCGUUUACGAGGGAUACGUGCGAGAAUCAGCGUCCGUGGGAUCGAUGGUGCUCACGAAUUCCAGCACCCCUUUGGUCGUGAAAGCGGUCGACAAAGACCGCGGACUCAACGCUCUUCUCCGCUACGACAUGGUGGAGAAUGGACCGGAAAAUCGACUUUUCUCCGUGGACACGAAUACCGGUGCUGUGAAAACGAAAGGCAUUUUGGACUUCGAAACAAUGCCAGUGGUGGAGUUCAAAAUCCGCGUGUCAGAUAGCGGGACUCCGUCUCUGCGCGCAGACACUGUAGCGAUUGUCCGGGUGCACGUGGAAGACGUGAACGACACUCCGCCACAAUUCGACUCACUUUUCUACAAUGCCACGUUGCAUUUGCCCACUUACAAAGGUGUAGCCGUGGCCCAGUUGAACGCAUCCGAUCCCGACAGUUCUCGCGACUCGCUGCGUUUCGAACUGGUUCACGGCAACGAAGACGGCGCAUUCGUCUUGGAUCCCGUGUCGGGUUUGUUGUCUAUAGCGAACCCGGGGGUGCUCGACAAGACGCACGAGCUACAAGUGUCGGUGAGCGACGGGAAGUAUUCGGGUGCGACUGUGGUGAGGAUCAAUUGCGAGACGAGUUUGGACUCGGGGCUGCGAUUCGAGAUGGACCGGUACGAGGCGAGUGUGGAGGAGAAUUCCACGAGGAUCCUCAUCGUGGAGAUCGUCAAUUUGCUCGGAUUGCGGCUCAAUGAGCACGUGGAGUUUAGGAUCCUCAAUCCGUCGGAGCUUUUCGAGAUCGGGCUUACGUCGGGCGCCAUCCGGACCUGCGGGAUCCCCUUUGAUCGCGAGCUCCAGGAAAAGUACGAAAUCAUCAUCGAAGCCGUCAGUGAUGCCGGGGAAUACGGACGACGCGUGGCCCACGCACUAGUCGAAGUCACUGUCACUGACAUCAAUGACAAUCGCCCAAUGUUUCUCAACUUGCCGUAUUACACCGUGAUGUCUGUGAGUUCGGAGCAGGGCGAUGUUGUCAUCCAGCUCGAGGCGAUCGAUUUGGACACAGGAGAGAACGGAAGGAUUCGUUACGAUCUGGUUAGAGGGGAAGGCGAAAUUUUCCGCGUGGAACCUCGGACUGGAAAGGUGGUGCUCAAGAGGGCCUUGGGCUCUGACAGAACCUCGUACGAUAUCUUGGUUGCCGCCUACGAUGGAGGAAAAGUUCCGAUGUUCGCUGAAACAACUGUGCACAUAAAAGUGAUGGACCGUCUGAUGCCGGUGUUCAAUAAGCAAUUUUUCAACGCCACCGUGCCUGAAAAUGCUGAACCCUACACAGCAGUCAUCAAUGUCGUGGCGGAAUCCCCUCAGGGCAGGAAGCUCAUCUACGGAAUUUCUCGCGGAAACGAGUAUGAAGAAUUCGGCUUUGAUUUCAACACCGGCUCGAUCUUCGUGGGAGAUGCCUUGGAUUACGAACUCAAGUCGGAGUACGAGCUGUAUUUGCGGGCAAGUGACAGCGUGAGUGGAGCCUAUUCCGAGGUCCCAGUCAACAUUCGCGUCACUGACGUCAACGACAACCCUCCGGUGUUUUCCAAGCUGUCGUACGAAGCGUCGGUGUCGGAGCUGAGAGCAGUGGGUGCCGAGAUCCUGAAGGUUCAAGCCAGUGAUCGAGACGAAGGCAUGAACGGGGCCAUUCGUUACUCGCUUGAAGACAUCUCUCUGGAUGCCAACUCCACGACUUGGUUCCGCGUGAAUCCAAUUACAGGCUUAAUCACGUUGUCUCGUCCGUUGGACCACGAGCGCAUGCCUGUUCACAGAAUCUUUCCGCCGAAGCAUACCUGA